AUGUCCUUCCUCCUCCCCUCCACGCCGGGCCUCCUGCCCAAAUGGCUCCUUUUCACCGCGAUCGUCUCCGUCGGCAACUCGAUUCAGGCAUACAGCACCCUCGCAUUCACGUCGCGCGUAUACAACCCUACAUCCAUCGACCCGCCGCCUACAACGCCGAAACAUGUUACUGCGCUGAGUAGUCGGACGUUUGGGACGUGGACGUUCUUGGCUGCGGUCAUAAGGAUGUAUGCGGCGUACAAUAUUGAGAAUCCUGCGAUGUAA